GACUCUAUAUCGAGCUUUAUAUUUGACUAUUUGUUUCAAACUAGGGUUUAUCGUCCUCCCUUCGGCUGCCGUUAGUUUUCAACCUUGAAAAUGCCGAAGCAAAUUCAUGAGAUUAAGGAUUUUCUUCUUACGGCAAGAAGGAAGGAUGCAAGAUCUGUGAAGAUCAAAAGAAGCAAGGAUGUGGUGAAGUUCAAGGUUCGCUGCUCAAAGUACCUCUAUACUUUGUGUGUUUUUGACAAAGAUAAGGCCGAUAAGUUGAAGCAGUCUCUUCCUCCAGGUUUGAGCGUGCAAGACCUUUAAACUGUAUUCCUCUCGGAGCAUCACUUGAAGAACUUUUUACCAAAUUCGGAUAAUUGAAAACAUGUUGGUAUGCAACUGAAUUUCUAUAUGUUGUUAGUUAAGGUUGGUAUUGUUUGGUUUGGUAUAGGGGACUCAGAAGAGGAGUUGAGUAGUAGUGUUUAAUUUGGAUUUCACUUGGUUGAUUUUUAUGGAUUGAAAUGAAUGGAUAUUGUUAAAUCUUGGUAGCCACAUAACGACUUUUUCUGUUUUUGCUA